AUGGGCUUAAAUGGCACCGACCUUGUCCCACUGGAUCCCGAGGCAUGGUGGGUAAAGGAUGAUGGACCCAUCUUCCAGCAGGACGACAUGACCGUCGGUAGAGGACAGCGUACCUUGGAGAACCUGUCGCGGCAGGAGUCGAGUAUCCAGCUGUUGUGGGAUUUUGAAAGGCCAGUAGAGGUAUAA